CAUGAAGAGUUCUAACUUUUAGAAAUGAAUCGUCUCAUGGAAUUCCCUCGAUCGUAGUUCAAUUAAAAUGUUUUGGAUCAUACAGUAACUAGGCCAGCUUCCAUUUACGUGUAUCCAUGACAACCACGACAAACGUACGACGGAACACGUGAUCCACAUGGUGCUCACGGACAUGGACCACGACGAUGACGGCAAGAUCACCGCCAUCGAAGUGAUGGGCACCUUCAUCGUCGACUUCGACAGAACCCCGUUGGAUCAAAGAAUCGACCAUGACGAAUUCGUGAAGCGCUGGGAGGCUCAUUACCGAGAUAUCCGCCAUUUCGCCACGUACCUGUUCCUACACCUCGACACCAACAACGACCACUACAUCACUACUGCAGAUGUCAGCAACAUUCUCCUCGAUAUAGACUAUGAUCGUGACGGCACGGUGACUGCCAUGGAAUUCAAGGAAUGGCUGCGUGACCUCUACACCAAUUGCCGAAUUCACAACUAACCAACUGAAAUUAAUAAAACUUAAUAAAUAACA